ACCUAAUUGAUGGGGUCCGGAUGUGUAAUAACUUUCGUCAGCUGGCUUCUCCUUAUAGCCACUCAUUUUCUUGACCACAAUAAUAAUUUUCAGAGGAACGGUCUGAACAGUGAGUGCGGAAAUCAGGAAAUUCCUUUGUUCCUCAAGGAAUAUCGUACCUUUUUCAUCAUUCUCACCCUCAUCGACGUACUUAAAUCAUGCUCAAAGGCUUUGUGGUGUGUUUAGUGGUGAUAUUAUGUGUCGAUUUGGCUUUGAGUAGCCCCCUCGUUGGCCGCUCGAGUGGCGGCGGUGGCAAGAGUGCCUCCGGGCGAAGAGGAUACAUGGGACAGCAGUCCGGUGACACUGGUGUUUCAAGGACAGCGAAGAAGCAAGAGUUCUCUGCAUGGGGCAUCAUCACUCUCAUUAUGUUUGCUGUCCUCAUAGGAUUUGGGGGAUACUAUGGGUACAUUUGUUACCCAUUGAUAUGCAAGAAGGAGCGCCACUACGAUGUGAUGGAUGUCGCAUCCUCCACAAGUGCCAGCACGCCCACCACGAGAUCCGCAGAGUUCGAGAAGAUGGACCCGGACUUCGAUGGGCCCACAGUGUUCAGAUACAAAUAAUAUGAGUAGCUUUUUUAUUCUGCAGACAAUCGCAUUUAGGGUAAGAAAAUCCAUAUCACGAACAAGACGGAGACUGAGAAAUUGCCAAUUUUGAUAAGGAAUCUUAAGAGGUAUUAUUCGAAUUAGUAUUUUGCGAAUUUUGCUAAUAAAUUUUAUACGAUUUUUACAUAA